AUGCAUAUGCACUCUGUCUCUUGCAAUAGAUGCCCUGACCCUUGUGAAGCUAUUAUGCAUGCUCUUGUUCUGUGUCCCUUUGCUAGUCAUGUUUGGAGUCUGGCCUCUUUCUGUGCUAAUAUCUCCGCUUUCUCUUCUAGCUCUAUGAUUGAUUGGUUAAAUUUCUGGUUGAUUGACCAUCUUACUAGAAUUCCUAUUGAUAGACAUUGCACUUUUGUUGCUAUCUUGUGGUCUUUAUGGACUAGUAGAAACAACUUAGUCUUUAGAAACCUCCAGGAAAAACAUAUUGUUGUUAUCCAUAGAGCUAAAUGCUCCUUACUGGAAAAACUAGAGUUCCAAACCCACCUAGUUAAUUAUAUCCUUUCCUUUAGUGACCACUGGAUGCCCCCAACUUUUGGAUGGAUUAAAUGUAACAUUGAUUGUGCUUUUGAUGAUACUACUAAGGAUAAUGGUGCAGGCUAUGUGAUGAGGGACUUCUCCAGCAAGGUUUCUUUCCGUGCUUCCAUUGUGUUUGAUGUGGAUUCUGUUGAAGAGGCUGAGGUGUUUUGA